AUGCGUGUGUCAGUGGGAGACUACAGGGGCAGGACGGCGGUGGAGGGGGAAGCCUCCCUGAGGAUCAACCCUGUGAAGCUGAGCGAUGCCGGGGUGUACUGGUGCGUGCUGAGGAGUGGGGGGGUGGAGGUGGACGAAGACUCCAUCAGGGUCACUGUGCUGGCUGGUGGGAGGCGCCGCAGGAGCGCUCCACCGGGGGUGUUCUCCAGUCCCCCCUCCAGCCUCCCUACUUCUCCUGAACGGAGGUCAGAAGUCAGAGGUCACUCUGGGUCGCCUGCCGCAUCUAGGACAAGCAGCAGGCCAGGUUCCAGUGGGUCACUACACAGCAGUCACUCCUUACCAGGCUCCACACCAGACCUCAGCAGACCGAACAGAUCACCCAGUCCGUCUGUGGCCGCCACCCGGAGAGCUUUCGAGAGAAAAGUAGCGGCAGCAGGGCCAGGUCUCAGGACCCCCUCUCCCUCCCCCUCCCCCAAACGAUCCAGCCCCACCCCGGGGAGGGGAAGGGCCCCCAGCCCCGGCGGCAGCAUCGCGGUGAGGAGGAUUCCCAGCCCAGGGGGGAGCAGUUUUGUGGUAACCUCAGCACAGCCCUACUCCCCCAGGAGAGCUUCCUGGUCACCUAUGUCUUCACAAGAGCUCACCAAGUCUGCCACAAGCCCCAGAGAUGCCCCGCCGCCCCUCCCCACCCCUCCCCCUGAUGCGAGAAAGCAGCUUCGGCCGCUACGGGUCCCUGCUGACAACUACUCUGACGCCAUCGAAGGCCACACGGCACUCCUACGCCUCAGCAUCGUGGCCUCCAAAACCCCGCUGACGGAGGUGGAGUGGAGCAAGGAGAAGAAGUGGAGAGGCCGCACGCUGGUGUACGAGCGGAAGGGGCCGUCGCGGGUAAAGUCUAGCUCCUCUGGUGUGCUCGCCGGUCACGCUACCGCACUUGUGACCCUGCGGGUUGCCCAUGGGAACUUCCGAGGCAGAGCGUUUAUGGACAGUGACUUCGAGCCACACCUGCGCAUCCAGCCGUGCAAGUUCAGCGACACGGGCAUGUACUGGUGCAAGGUCACGUCUCAAGGUCGGGUUACCCUGGAGGAGAAUGUUCAUCUUACCGUGGACAGGGAGGGAUCGCCAAGGUCUCCAAGACAAACCUCCCCAGGUAGACAGAAAGUGUCCGGCUCCCCGAGGAGUGGGAUGUCCUCAGCCCGCAGUGAGUCCAGCCUGGUGGACGCAGCAAGGCUUCAGUUUGAGGAGUUGGCCUUAAAGUCCAGCUCAGAGACAAAACUCAACACCAGCACCAGCUUUGGUACUCCUGGCAGUCUUAAGAGAGAUUCCUACGUGAAAUAUCAGCAAGCCUUGAUGAGGAAGGAGAAGAAGGAGGAGACCAUGCAGAACUGCCGUGACGAGGACUCCAGUAGUGACAGCAGUAGUGAGAGUUCUGGGGCGUCUGACUCCACACCGGACACCGUGGUUGCUGCCAACGGACCUGUUAACGCAUUCAGAGAGGACUCAGGAUAUGAUAGCACCCAAACAUCCAGUACUUCAGGGUUGCUCACAACAAUCACACAGCUCAAAAGACAGUGUAUCAAGGGCCUUGGGAUUGAGAUGCUGAUGAAAGCCUACUCCAUCAUCGACUCAGGGGAGGAUCUAGAGAACCAGCUGGUGAACCUGAUGGGCAGAGCCAGGUUUGAGCUGUACGCAGACAAGGUGUGGCAGCUCCGCUUUCUGGAGAAAUCCCAGCUCAACAACGAGGCCAACUCUGACACCAUCCCUCUAUAAACCUGUAUAUAGUAGAGUGAAUUCAUUUCUAAAGCUAACAUCUAGCACACCAGCAUCCUUCAGUCGUUCUACAUUUCAGUAGGGGCAUUGUCAUUAAAUAGCUUAAACACUGUUCAGAGUUAGAUGUUCAAGUUUUAGUUGUAACAAGCUGUUCGG